CCAUGGCUGCAUCAGACCUACAUGACUUCCUGGACCCCCUCCUUGACUUUGUCACAUCCCCUCAGAGCUCAGUCGAUGUAACGACCAGAGACAGGGCGAUGAUCGAGGAAGAUGCAUUAUUCGACCACAAGCCUCGACUCUCAAGUCCAACCCCUGCUAUAUCCUGUGCCUAGUAUUUCCUGUCUGUCUGUCUAACUAUUUUACCACAGCCUUGACUGUAUAUACAGCUAAUAGCCAAGAGUGAUUAGUAGCUAGUCAGCAACAGUUUAAUAGGUGGAGAGAUUGAUUGCUAUACUCACUGGAUUCAAGCUCACUGUGACUAAAAUGAGGACCCCCCAUGGUGGCACUGUACUAGAGCUCGAGAAGAGACUCAGACACAGAGUGGGGAGACAAGACCUCGUCCAGAGGAACAUUCUACCUCCUCUGUCUCUACCGACGGCCCCAAAACUAUUCACCCAAACCCAGCAGCUGCAAAGAGCUAAGAAUGCUGACAAUCUUCAGAAGAAGCUCCGCAAUCGUCCUGAUAGAACUGAUCUGCAGCAGCUUAACAUCCUACCAGAUUUGUUUAUGAAUAUUGACCCGGGCUUACAAGCCAAGCAAGUCCAGCUGAUGAAAAACAAAAAAGUCGAUUCCCUAAACGAAAAACUUGCUAAUCGUCCUGGCCCCAUUCAACUCAUCAAAGAUCGAAUUCUUGAACCUGAGCUUGCCACAGUGAUUGAAAAUGUCGAAAAAUUCUCACACGACGAUGAUGGAAGUGGCCAGUCCCAAGACAUCCCCUCCAUUGCUCUGCAGCGAACAGCCAGCGAGUCUGAACACAAGCCUGUGCUACAGAGGCACUCCAUCGCCACGUCAGCCCCCACCUCGAGUCAAUUGAACACCGGUUAUGUUAGCCCCACUAAAGACCUUGCAUCACCGCUCUCUUUGGAAGCACACAGACGCAAGAUGAGCGACUCUUCUCUCAGUCCGUCAAAUUCCUUUGGAGAUGCGUACGAAGAUCGAUCGCCCCCCAUACCGUCCCCUCGCGGGUUCAACUCCACUUACCCCCCCAGCACUAUGGGUUCUUACAAUGCCGCACAUACUGCAGGGAUUAUGUCAUCCGGUAUAGGGAAAGCCCCUUCUCCGAGCCAAACUAGAAAAAAGCAACAGAAGCAACAGAAAUAUCGAAAACUUCGCUACCACGAAUAUGUACCUCCUACUAAGAGCACCCCCAAGGGAGGAAAACAGACUCCAAAAGCCCUUCCCAAAUCUAACAAUCCGUACGAUUUGCUCCUUCAGCAACAGCAGCUGUAUCUUCAGCUUCAAGUAAUGCAACAGAAUGGAGCUGUGAUGCAAAAGUUGCCUGAUUUGUUUAACUCGCUCUCCAAAGAGCAGAAGAGCCUUGCCCUAGCAGCUGUGAAGGCUGGUAUACCAGUGAGCACUGCAGCUGGAGAAAUGCCCAUCAGUCUACCUAAGCAACUCAGUGUGAUCCCGCAACUACCACAAGUCAUCAGCGUUGAGAUGCCCAACAAACAGAACGUUUCGAGCGUUCGAUUUGACGACCUCAAAGUGAGCGAUUUGAAAGCUGCCUGCAAAGAACUGGGCUUAAUAGUGUCAGGCAAGAAAGCAGAACUUGUUGAUAGGCUAUUGGACGCAAACAAACGUCAGCUGCCCACUAGAGCUCUCCCUGACAACUCCUCGAAAGAUAGUCGACGACAAGCCUUUAGUCUCGGUACUGCCUCCUCAGUGGAUUCCAACCCUCUCACAUUGUCUCCCUCGUCUCCCACAAACUCCCCUGUGUUCACGUUCCCCUCAGACCAGCACAAUGGCGGAUUACAUCAUAGUCAUUCUUACACAAGUCUAAAGCACCAUAGUACCAACCCACCCAUGAGAGUCGAAUCAAUGCCUGCCAUGCUCCCCGAAGUUUUCCCGGCCUCAACACUACAGCAUGAGUUUGAAGAAAUGUUACAACAAAAGAAACGCAAUUACAUCAGUCAGAAAGGAUCUAUGGGCGCCAAAUCACUAGCCCCCUGUCCGGAUUUGAACGAACUUGUUGCCAUCAAGCUGCCCUCGUACCCGUCUCAAGCUCCACCCACUUAUCAGCAAUCUAUCCAUCAGAAAGAUCGAGGCACUCUAUCGCAUCGAGGAAACGAGGGCAAAGUACAGAUGCAAGGAGACAAAUCCGCACGGUCUCUACCCUCUAGUCCGCUAACUUCGAACGAUCUGGCUGAGAUGAUGGAUGAUUCAACAGUUGCUACUACCAUUGUCCACGGCAACACGACACCGUCGUCCCUGGCAACUACAAGCAAUGGACUCAUAUCUCAGAGAUCACAUGACACGUUUCUGGUUCCAAGUACCCCGAUGAAUAUGAUAACAACGAGUGUGGCACACUUUGAGAAUUCCCUAAUGGGUAAUAACAACACUGUGGUAGCAUCUGGUCUGACCUCGGAAAUGAUGGCUCGGAUCCAAGACCCGCUUAGACCUGGACAGAUGCCGGUUCCUGACAGCAUGAAUGUCAAAGUUCACCCGAUGAACCCUCCCAGUUACGAAGCUUCAGUUCAAAGGUCAAUCAGUCUGACAGGGCCACAUCCUCAACUAGGACAGCUGCAACAUAGUAGUGCGUCGUUUGACUCGGAGGUGGUGGGCGGAGACAUGAACAAUCUACCACAGGACGGUAUAAUGAUGGACAUGGAUAUGGCUAUGGAUACGGGGGAAAGCUUCUCAGACCUCCUGGACAUCAUCAAGGGGGACAGUACAGGUUUCCAUGGUGGGCCGCAGUCUCACCCCGUCACCCUCCCACACCAUCACACACUCAACUCACACCCACACCUGAGCUACACAAGUCCCACAAAACACACCCCAAGACAAGGCUCCGACAAUCUCAUGCUCGGAGCUGCUUUGAAUUCCCAAAACCCUUCACUACAGAAAACGCUAACUGGCUCAGACCUAUGUCUCACUAUUCCUGGUCAAGAUGGCUCAAGAAAUGUACCUGCCGGGAGCGGAUCUUAUAACAUGGCCGGAAACGUCAUGCUCGGAAACGAACUUGGAUGGCUCGAUUUGGAGAAUAUGGCGGCUGGAAACGGCCUGGGGGGCUUCUCACCUGUGUUUGGAAAUAUUGGCUCUCAAUCGAAUCCAGGUUCUCUACCGCAAGACCAGUUUCAAAUGCAAUUUAUGGACGAUAAUAGCGGACAUUUAGGGAACAAUUUCAUGAAGGCGUCCAACCCCUCGCUGAAUGGUCUGACCCCUGGGAACGAUAUCGGAUCGUUUCUCGACCAUAAUGGAAUACUGGUACAGUCGGAUGAGAAGGCUCUGUUAGAACUUGGACUGUCCAGUUAGUAUCUAAUAUUUGAUUGUUUUUUGUUGUUGUUUAAAUGUGAACUGUAUAUACAUGUACGUUAAUUGGUGUUCUCUUUCAACCUGAAUUCUUCCACUUCAAAAUUUUCACUUAGUUUUUAUAAUGCAAAUUGUUUUAUGUUUAACCCCUCAUGUUGUCAUUUAUUAAUUUGUGCACAGAUGCAGCAAUGCAAACCAAUAUAAUAUAACUAUACUGUUCAUUUAAUAUGCA